UGCACCUGAUUGUGUUGGACAAGCCCUCACCGCCACGCAAUUUUCGUGUUGUGAGCAAUACUGGUAUUUGUAUAUCGCUGCAAUGGGAUGAACCUGAAUUUAUUGGUGCUGGAAUGGACGAAGUUUUGGAAUACGUUGUUCAAAUGCGUUUGCUUCCGAAGCGAACCUUUAAGCCUGUUUCGAAAACGACGAUGUUGUGUAUUGACGUUGGAGAUCUUCAAACAGGGAAUUCGUAUAUUUUCUCCGUUGCUGCUCAAAAUUCGGUUGGUUUGUCGGACUUUAUUGAAACGGAACCAGUUUCAACCGAGCUUGAUUUUGGUACGAGUGCUCCUUUGGUUCCUACGAACGUGCGUGCUAGGCUUAUUCCUGAAAAGGCGCUUCCAGCAGAUCAAUUAGUCGAAUUGUCAUGGGAUCAUGCUGCUGAUCAUCCAAUGACCCAAGUACCAAAGACCCAAUUUUUAGUAGAGAUGAAACCAGAGGACGCUGACCAAUGGAUUCCAGUACAAUUGGCCGCGCCUAUAAUUGACACGAGCAUCAUCGUUCCACUUGAAUUGAUGGAUGAAGGGAAGAAUUAUCAGUUCCGCGUAGCCGCAAAAAAUAUGGCUGGCGUCAGCUCAUUUUCUACACCGUCGCCACGCUUUCAAAAACCCUUUGAUGUGGUUUUCACAAAGAAGUUGACAGACGUUCAUCUUGAUGAGCUUCCCAAUGAUGCUGUCUUUGAAUGUGAAGUGUCAAGGCCUGGGAUGUCUCUUCGUUGGUUCAAAGAUGGUUUGGAAAUCAAACCAGAUUAUCGAUGUGUCUACGAAGUUAUCGGUGAAGGCCCUCUAGCCAAUAUGAUUCACCGUCUAAAGGUGAUGAAUGUUGGGCCUGGUGAUCAAGGCACUUAUAAAGCUCAGCUAAUCAAUGGAUCAACCACCUCGUCCCAGCUAACAAUAAACAGCCCACCGAAAAUUAAUUAUGGGGGAAAGAAGCUAAUAACUAUUGUGGCUGAAAAGAGUGCAAUUGUAGAGGUGCCGUUUUCAGGUGCUCCAUCCCCUAAGAUCAAUUGGUCUUUCAAUGGUGGCAAUUUGCCCCUUGGGAAGGAUGUUGAAAAGCCAAUGGCCUCUACUCAAACCGUGUAUGGGCUUACUUCUCUGCAGCUACGUCGUGUCGAUUACACCGCUGAGGGCUGUUACCUUGUUCAGGUGAGUAAUGAGCUUGGAAAAGCUGAAGUUGAAUUGAAAGUUCAAGUAAUGGAUGUUCCGCAACCAGUGGAAAAUUUGAGAGCUGAGAUUAUAAAGGGCGAACCAACGUCUGCCAUUGUCCUAUGGGAACCUCCGAAGAAAGACGGUGGAAUGCCAAUCACUGACUACAUACUGGAAAAGCGUGAGGGUACCAAGAGGACUUGGACCCCCGUCGGCAGUUCCUCAUUGCAAACUAGUCGAAAGGUGACCGAUCUGAAACCUGGACAGUCGUAUUUCUUCCGCGUGUUAGCACAAAAUGCUAAUGGCUGGUCGGAGCCUGCGGAGAUGGAUCUUCCACUUCGUGUUAAGGCCGCUUCAAGUAAACCACCUAACUUUUGCUUUCUAUCUUCUGUUUCCAUGUUCGAAGUAAGAAUUUUGUCUUUAGACCCACCAACUACUCCUAAUGCACCCACAGUUGGGGACGUAACUUCAACCUCUUGCAAGCUUACAAUUGAGCCUCCAACCUCUGAUGGUGGUGCGCCAAUCACCUUUUAUCACUUGGAAAAGAGAGCGAACCGAAAGGGAAAUUGGGUUCGCGCAACUAAUGACAAGCUACCCGUAUCUAUUCCGACUAAACCUCAUACUGUCUCACUGACCGACCUUGUUCCUGAUAACAUUUAUGAAUUUCGUGUUGCCGCCGAGAACGCAGACGCUUUGACAAGCGACUUCUCCGUUCCAAGUUCACGCAUCUCCACGAAACCACCGUUCAGUAAGUACAAGAGCCUUUGGUCAUUUAUGUCACUCAGAUUGUGGGCGCGAAGCAAUGGGGAAGUUAGAAAGAUCCUUUUUACAUCUCAAUUAUUUGUCAGCCAGUUCUCUUUCAAUUUUCUUUUACAUAUUUCUGUAGUCAUUAAGAAUUUUCGUUUUAACUUAGAUGUUCCAGAUCGCCCCUCAAAACCAGAAGCAACAAUUACAACAGAAAGCAGUGCCACAGUAGCAUGGAAACCACCUCUUGAUGAUGGUGGUGAUAAAGUUAGGCGUUACGUUGUACAGUACAAGACCACCGAUGGAACUCACUGGGCAACCUGCGAAGAGGAACCCAUUGAUUGUCAGCUGACCGUCACUAAACUUCAACCAGACUCAGAGUACGAGUUUAGAGUAGCCGCAAUCAAUUCUAUCGGUGCUGGGGAGUUCUCGCAGCCCUCCCAGCCAUGUACGCCUAAACAGGCUAUUGAAUCAGCAAAGCCUUCCGUUUUGCGACCACUGGAAAAUGUAACAGUGCCUGUCAACACACCUCUCGAACUCGAGUGCGACUUCAAGUUGGGUGAACCCAGAGCUAAAAUUUCCUGGUUCAAGGAUGACAAACCAGUACACAAAUUCAAUACGAGCUCACCAACUGAUCGGCACGCCACCUUGAAGGCAAAUCGAGCGCAAUUAGAAGAUGCUGGAAUUUUCACCUGUAAAGCUGAAAAUCCUGCUGGAGCAGUCAGUACAACCUGUCGCGUUACGGUGAUUCAGAAACCAUCAGUCAAAUUUGAACACCCCCGCGGUUCCUCCAAAAUGGUCACUGGUCGUAUCAGUGAUGGAAAGUUGACUGGUCAUGCUCAAGGCCAAUUGGUUAUUGAAGCUCUGUGUGAAUCUGUUCCACAUUGUGAGGAACUGACGUGGCUACAUAAUGGGCAGCCACUUGAGGAGACGCCUCGUCGAUCGAUUGAACGAGGACUUGGUGACGUUCACCCUAAGGAGAGACCUACUAGUCCCAUUAGAACUCGUGAACGUCUUGUGAUUAGUACGCUUGAACAGUCUGAUAGUGGUGUUUACCGUGUUGAAGCCAAAGGUCCUGCUGGACGAGGUGAUGCCACUUUCAACCUAGUGGUCAUCGAGAAACCUCAACCACCAGCCUCAGUAAACAUCAUGAAGACACGUGACACGGAUUCAUGCUUUAUUCAAUGGCAACGUCCAAUUUCCGAUGGAGGGUCUAAGCUCACACAAUAUGUCGUUGAGAGUUUGACCGUAGCCACGGACAAGGCGGAGACUGCUCCAAUCAUCGAUCGAAAUUGGACAACAAUAGGAACUACCUUGCCUUCCGAACUCGAAUUUAAGGCACGGAACCUUAAAUCAGGUGUCCUUUACGCGUUUCGCGUUUCAGCUGAAAAUGAAGUUGGCCGUAGCGAACCGAUUGAAAUCGACACACCUAUCGUGCUCCAAAGUCAGCUCCAGCCCCCCGGUGAGCCCACGAAUGUAGUGGCAUCGAGAGAUGGUAAUCGUGAAGCCACAGUCAAAUGGGAGCCUCCAGAAUCUCUUGACAAGCUGGAUCUCAUCGGAUAUGUCGUUGAGGCAAGGGAGUCGACAGAUAUCAAGAGUAGUCCACCAAACCGUUGGACCCGUAUUGGCCCUUCAACAGUGAGGGAUACGACCAAGUUACGUCUAACUGAUCUCAAUCCUAGUGUGGAUAUUCAGUUCCGGGUACUUACUCGCACCCAUGCCGGGUUGAGUGAACCAUCAGAACCAACUGAGUGGCUUGUCAAACCGGAACCAAAAAGUAAUAUAUUGUUAGAGAAACGCAUGUGGCUUAUCGUUUACGAUUAUGGAACCACCCAAACUCAAGCGUACACCGUGGAUGGUUCACCGAAGGAUGCCACUGAUAUGACACCAGAUCAACGUUCGAAAGAUAUUGUCGAACAAAUUCGUGAAUUCAGGGAGGCUAUAAAGCCAAAGACUCCUUCUACCAACGAGCCCCCGGAAAUUGAAAUCACCACAAAUAAGUUGUUUAAAUGUCGCGAGGGUACAAAUCUACGAGUUCCAUUGUCAAUCAAGAGCACUGUGAAGGCGACAGUAGAAUUAGAGUUGGAGAGUGGACGUCCUCUAAGCAGUGAAGCUGCACUUCGUAGUCUCGUCGAACAAUACGGAGACUCAUACUAUGUCAACUUGAAGAAUUUGACUCUAACUGACAGUGGUUGCUACCGCAUCAAGGCCACAAACGUGGCGGGAAGUUCGUAUGCACCUUUUGAGCUCAAUGUCAUGGCUCCACCACAAACACCCAGGGGUCCAAUUGAAGUUCGAGAAGUCAAGCCCGCCAAGGGUAUCUAUGAUGGAAGUACUGUAGAAGUGUCCUGGAAGGUUCCCGCCCUCAGAGAUGGUGAAAUCCUGGAAAAUGCAGUUACCGGGUACGUGAUCGAGAGGAAAGAUGGAAAGAGGAAGGAAUUUGGUCGACCUACCAAACUACAGGGACCUAAUAAUUGCACCGCUGUCAUCGAAGACCUUCAGCCUGGUGUAGAAUAUGGCUUUAAGGUGUGUGCCGUCAAUAUUACUGGCAUGAGUGAACCCCUCUAUUCUGGCCCAAUUACAGUCAAAAGUCCGUUUGAUGCUCCUGGUAUUUGUAAAGGACCACUUAAAUGCACUGACCAGUCAGCGACUUCCUUGGUGCUUAAUUGGCAACCACCAGAGAAUGACGGAGGUCUUCCCAUCAAGAAAUAUCACAUUGAACAAAAUGAAGUUGGAUCAUCCGAGGGUUGGCAACCUUUGUCCAUUGUGAUGGCACCUGCCACUAGCUGUCCCGUAAGUGAUCUUCGGGAGGGUAUCGCAUACCGGUUCCGAGUUCGUGCUGUUAAUGACCAAGGCGAUGGAGAAUGGUUGAAUACUGAAUCAUCUGUCUCUCUCAAUCGUCCAAUCGGGCCACCUUCUGAGCCAGAAGCUCCUCUGCGAGUAGCACCUGUGGACGAUACAGCUGCGAACCUAUCGUGGCGACCCCCUCAUGAUGAUGGUGGAACCCCGAUAAUAAGUUAUACUGUCGAAUCUAGCCACCAGGGCACCGAUCAGUGGGUAAAUUUGGGUGUCACGAAAGGUACAGAAUUUAAGGCGACUAAGAUGAACCCAGAUGACACUUACAUAUUUCGCGUCUCUGCCCGUAACGAGGCUGGUAAGACAGGCAGACCUCUCUACUCAGUGCCAUACAAGCCGAGCGCACCUCCUACUGCUCCAGGGAGACCUACAGCUCCUAUUGUUUCGCAUCCCCUUGAAGCUGGUCAGAUGGUCCUAGACUGGGGUCCCUCUCCCUUUGGUGGAACCUUGGGUUACGGGCCUCCAUCAGAAUAUCGUGUGGAACGCUGGGAGCCUGUGAAAGAUCGAUGGGUUCAUGUCACUAGAAAACCGGCAGCUGAGGGUACAACGGUCCUUGUCACUGGUCUAAAACCAGGAGAGAGUUACAAAUUCCGAGUACUUGCUGAAAACGCUGCUGGUACAAGUGAGCCAUUAGAAAUGGACAAGCCCGUUCUUGCGGUUAGUCCUUAUAGUCCUCCCUCUGCACCUGUUGGGCCGAUGCAUAUAUCAGAAGUACAAAAAGGCGAGUCUGUAUCCGACGGAUCUGCUCGUUUGUCCUGGCAGGAACCAACUGAUAACGGCGGAAUUCCACUAACAGGCUACAUUGUUCAGAUGCGUUACGCGAACACUACAGCAUGGCAUAAAGUUGUGCACUUACAUGAGCCUACGGUUGAUGAGGAUACUGAUGUGGUUCUUCCGACGACCACACCAGUAACAGGACUUAAGCGCUCGAACGGAUACUACUUCCGUGUUGCUGCGAUCAAUCGAGCUGGAACUGGACCAUUUUUAGAAUCUGAGCUAUUCGAAAUGCCCGAGGAUGAAAGUUGCAGACCAAAAGCUGAAUGGAUUAGAGUUGCCGGUAAAGGUGCAGACAGUGUCACCGUCGAAUGGCUUGUUCCACAUGAUUGCAGAAAGGAUCAUGGUCCCCAUAGACCACAUCAUUUAGCUCUUGAUGGAUUCAGAGUGUAUGUAAAGGAGGCAGGAAUUCCUAGUCCUGAAUGGAAAGCUGUUGCUGACCUUGAUCAUUAUAUGAAUCGCCUUGUUGUGGGUGGAUUAAGUCCUGACAAAAGCUAUUACUUCGGCGUUGCGGCUGUUAACCAACUGGGGCCUGGAGAGAUCGUCUCUACCACAGAACCCGUUUCUCCAGAAGCCGUUACUACUGUUCCUGGGCAACCUGUUGGACCGCUUGUGGUGUCUGAUAUCACUCAGGACAGUUGUGUGCUCAGUUGGAAAGCGCCGUACAGUGACGGGGGCACUCCCAUUACCGGCUACACUAUAUUCAAGCGCGAGAUGUUCCGUAGGAGUAAUCAAGAGGUUGGACGUAUUCCUGUUGUUCCUGGUAGCCUUCAACGAGCAUUUGAAUUUAAGGUUCCCUACUUAAUGGAGGGGACUUCUUAUGAAUUCCAGGUGGUGGCUGAAAACAAAAAUGGUUUCUCUGAACCCCUUGUCACUGCUGCCGAUGUUCACCCACGCAAAAUGACAGAACCACCCGGAGCACCAAGAGGACCACUGUACGUUCGUGAUCACGAUAUUGGCCAGGUUGAAUUGGCUUGGGGGCCUCCUGUGAACACAGGCGAUCUACCAAUAAAGGGCUACAAAUUGGAGAUGCGGGAGGGACGAAGCUUUACUUGGAGAACCUAUCCCAACGAGGAGAGCAUAGUCUCCAAUAGGCCUGAAGAGCUCAUCAACCCUUCAGUGGUUGUAUCGGGAAUCAAACCGAACAAAGAGUACUUUUUCCGAGUUUCAGCUAUCAACAGCGAUGGAUGUGGACCUCCCCUUACUGCAACUGACAGCUAUGUGAAAAGACUACGUCUAGAACCACCGAAACGUGUAACUGCAAAAAUAGCCCCACCUUCCGAGUCAGGUUCUGGAAAAGUAGAGGUCGCAUGGAUGUCACCAGAUGUUCCCAACUUGAAUGGUUUCACUGUGGAAAUGAAGGACACUGAAGGUGUCCAGUUGGAGUGGAUUCAGAUGGACUUUAUUCCCAAAAUGCCAAAUGAAGUUGGAAAGACCGCCUACACGUACAGGGCAACAGCUCCAAGACCAAAUUCUGUCUACAAAUUCCGAGUUAACGCGGUCUACCCCGAAGGCAAGAGCGAUUGGGUCGAAACAGACUUUGUUCUUGCUUCUGAACUACCAAGAGAGUCUCGCAUACCUCCACCAAUCACGGAAGCCAAAUUUGUACCAUCUGCGGCAACUCCUGGUGGGAGAAUACCAGCAACGCUUCGCUGGGAAACACCGGCAAGUGGAGAUGUCGAUUCUAUUCGUGGGUAUGCCGUUGAGAGCUGGGAUAUCAAACGUCGUACAUGGAAACCAAUUGCCCAUAUACCGAAGGAGGCCCCACGAGAGUUAACCUUUGAGCUGCCUCCAGCUCGUUCUACACCACUAGUGCGUAUAACCUCAAUGGGUGAUACGACUAGAUCAGCUCCAUUCGAAGUGCCUCUUGAGCGAGCAAAGCGAAUAGAAAGGACGGGUGAAAUUCCAGAUGAUUGGAAACCUUUACCUUCCGUUACUGCACCUAUCAAACCGGAGUACGAUGCCGCCGAAGAACUUUCAAUGAUUCGUACCGGUGCUGCUACGCCUUUUGUCUCAGAAUUCAUUCUCCAAAGAAGACAGGCUGCCUUGGAUAUGAUUCGUCGAUCUACCGCGACACCUAGGUCGGCAGGACUUGACACAACACCACUCGAAAGAUUCUUCGCUGAAACACCCUUAAUUGAAACACUUGAUUUGCCUCCAGUAUCAUCAACACCUCAUCCUCUGGACCGUCUUAAGGUAACAGAUAUUGGUAAGACAACAGCUACAGUUGAAUGGCCGGAAAUUGGCGAUCACAGUGGCUUUACUGUUGAACGCUGGCGUCCCACCAGUGGUCGAUGGACUCGAUUGGCAGAAGUACCGCCAAGUGAAACGAGGUACGUAGUACCUUUGUCAGAAAUUCCACGAACUGCACCCUCUGACGAAGAAGUGCUUAGCAAUGUUUGGGUCCGUGUCGUCCCACGUGAUGCUGAAGGGCGACCAUCAGGUCCUCCUUUUCAGAUGGAAAAACCAAUUACUCUACCUGGUGGAGAAUUUGCUCCGUCCUCUGUUUGGGGUGUUGAUAUAUCACCUGUUGCUGGUCUUUCAACACCUGGGCGACCCGUCGAUGUAUCAUGGCGCCCUCCAAGUUUCACUGGUGGAUUACCUCUGACCGGAUACAAAGUCGUAGUAAUUGAUGCCGACACAGAGGAACAAAAAUCUGUUUUUGUUGGGCCUAAAACAACUACGUAUCGUCUGGAAGGACUGAAUCCGCAACAUGAUUACAGAGUUUCAAUUACAGCAGUAAAUCGCAUUGGGGAGUCAAUAACAGUAACUUCAACCAUUCCAAAGCCACCUACACUUAAAGAUCAGCUUAGACGCCCACCAGCUCCAACAUCAGUAGGAUUAGUUCCGAUUUCAGGUGGUUCUCCUGAAAGCAAAUCUGGCCUUCUGUCAUGGAGACCGGGUUCAGCAGCUGGAUCACAGCCAGUUAAUUCCUACGUCAUUGAAAAAUGGGAUUCUUGCAGCAAACAAUGGGUCCCUUUCAAGAAGGUCGGAAAAGAAGUCACCGAAAUCACCAUUCCUUACCUUUUGAAUGACAUUAUAUACGCUUUCCGAGUGCGAGCUCAAAAUGAAGCUGGACUGAGUGAACCUGGUAUUGCAAAAGAAUUCUUUAGUCCCGGAAAACCAAUCGAAGAACUCCUUUUCCCAGGUGAAAAAUCACUACCAGCACCACCCAGAGGACCACUAGUAUACGAGCCACUAACCUCAAAACAACGCUUUGACCUUGCCACAGAAAAGGCGAUGAAGGUGAUGGAAUUCCACUGGGAAGAGCCUAUUAUGACAGACCGGUUCUCAACUCCAAAGUCUUAUAUUCUUGAAGCAAGGCGAUGUGGACAGCAGAAGUGGGCCAUGGUGGGUCGAAAACCUAUUCCAGAGGGUAGUCAGUGGAAAGUGGCCUUUGGCUCAUCCCCACCCACAGUGAUGCCUGCACCAGAUAUCGACAUGAGUCUCCCCUCAUUACCAGUGCGACCUCUCACUGAACCAAGAAUCGCAUGGCUACCUGGAGAACCGAAGGAUUAUGAGUACCGUUUGUCAUCAGAGAAUGAAUACGGAUUCAGUGAACCAAUUUACUUGAGACAAUCUGUUUCAGAUCUGCCUAGACUAUACUCACCAGUGAAAUCACUCAUUAAGGAAUCAUCCAAACCUGCAGAAAUCGAGCCACCUCGUGGACCAAUUUCAGUUGUCCAUCUGCUGCCUAGACCAAUGAGUCGUAGAGGAUCCUUGGCUCCUGACCUUCCGCUAGGACCGAAACCUGUGCCUGAUGUUCUGAUUUCUUGGAAGCCACCAUUAUCCACUCAAAAUAUACGUGGUUAUGAAAUCGCCUAUCGUGAACCCUUCCGCACUGCAUGGACUCAUUUAGGUGUGGUUGAUGCUGGGGACACCAGUUUCAGAAUCCCAAGAACAAUGCUAAUGGAAAUGUCGAAAGCUAUUCACAUUGGAAUUUCAUCUGUUGGUGACAGACACACUCGAACAACUCCAUACCUGUCUCCACGACUUGAAGAUACGAUUUUGGUACCUAGACUAACCGAAGAAGAAAUACUGACUCGUGGAGAGCUUUCUACGCCUCUCUCCUCUGCCUCUGUUAGCGCUCGGGUUAUUGACAGACCAUCCAUAGGAGUUCCACCUUCAGAUGAAGUUGAAGUCUCCUGGUAUUUCCCUGAGGCAGAACGGCAAACUAAACGCCCCGAGGCAUAUGUUGCCUUCUAUCGAGAGCUUGGUAGUCAACAAUGGCGAGAAAUUGACCGUUUCCCUGUAAGACGUCCAAAGGAUACCGUUAUUCUGCGUGAAUUGCCUCGGAAUACAACCAUGUUCAUUGGAGUCGCGCCUCUUGUAUCAGGUCGAAUUGGACAAAUUUUGAGCACACCUGAUACCGUGAGGCUUCCAGAUCGCGGGGUUGAAGAUGCAAUUGGGCCUCUGUUUGAGCGUAAGCCCCUUCAAAUCAGACCAACUUCUCCUGGAGGCAUUGAGGUUUCCUGGACUCCACCAACUGCAAUAGGAGAUAUGCUUGCAUUGAGUCCAGGAAAUGUACCUAAGUAUGAACUUCAAGUGCGUCAUCUUGGGGAAAGGUUAUGGCGCCCCGUCAGCUGGCCAGAGCCAAGUGAAUCCUUAGAAAGACCUUCACUUGGUGAACAGCCUGUUUCAUUCACUCUCCAUGAUCUGCAUCCGGGUGAUAACCUUGAACUGCGUCUGCUUGCCUAUUCAGAUCUCGGAAAAAAACCCGUCCAAGUCAGUGCAGAACAAACAUACAAAUUCAUCUCACCUUAUGAUAUUCCUUCAGCUCCUAGAGGCCCCUUAAUGGUUGAGCGAAGGCCUGUGUUGCCAUCGAGGCUUCCCACACUUUCACCAAGAAGGAAGUCCACUGAUGACUUUGAUGAACUUUUAUAUCGGCUUUCAACAUUUCCUGGCGCUUCCAUCACACCAAAGUUCCAGGAGCGUCGCGAAACACCAAUUGAUGUAGUAAAUCUGACCUGGAGUCCCCCUAUUGACACAGGUGGUCUUCCGAUCAUCCACUACCUCAUUGAGCGGCGUCCAUAUGAUAAUCGUGGACUUCAAACUUCAUGGGUUCCUGUCAUGACAGUUCCUGCUGACCAGACAUCAGUACAACUUCAACCGGGCAUGGGAAGGUCCAACACAGAACCAUCGUUCUAUCGCGUCCGUGCGGUCAACGUUGUGGGACCAGGUAUGCCACUAGAGGCUCUUGAACCGGUAACUUUAACUACUCGUGGCAGGUCUCCUGUGUUUGAAAAGGGACCAGUUCAGAAGUUACCAGAAGCCCCACUGGGUCCUUUGAGAGCUGAAAUCCUUCCUGAUUCAAUGGUUAGCUUGAGUUGGAGAGCGCCUCGUCAAUGGCGAGGUUAUUCUCCACGCCAAAAUGAGGGCUUUACGACUCCAGUUUACCCACAGAAAUACAUCAUUGAAGCGACUUUAGCAGAUGAUUCAGCUGUACCAUGGCUUGAGGUAGGAAAAGUCCCGGGCUCAAUUACCGCUGCUACAGUUCGAAUACCGUCCAUUAGCCUCUUCUAUCCUGGUACUUCUGUUGAGACCCCUAGACCACGACCACUUUUGUAUCGUGUGCGAGCCGAAAAUGAAUAUGGAUAUAGUGCUCCAUUGACAACGCGUGUAAGACCAGAAUUAAAAUCGCAAGUGCCAUUGUCCAGGCUCCCCAAGUUGCCGGAUGUUCCCGUUCGAGCACGAAUAUUGGAACCUCUGGAAGAGUAUGAAGUGGGCGUCCCUCCGUCGCUUGAACUUCGGUGGGCUCCGUUCGUACCACCUGCUUUAAUACCAGGAGCUUCGGGUCGAACUCCUUCAAUUGAUUAUAGUUACCAUGUUGAAUAUCGACCCGCUGGUGAACUAGGUUGGAGACAUCUUGCUGCCUUACCGCUUGGUCAUGAACGCUAUACUUUUUAUCCACCAACGCCUCCUCGUGGCCUUGAACAGCCCAAAUCAGAAGCCUUCCAAUUCCGCGUCGGUGUCCACGGGCCACUUGGAGUAGGAGAGUUCCGGGACUCAAACAUCGUCUCUUGGAGGUAUCGUAUUCGUACUCCUCGUUCAGCGCCUCUGUCAAGCUUGGAACCUAUUUCGACAGCUCGAGCUCCACUUGACUUGGAGUUAGUCCGCACAAGGGUCGAUACACCGAGAGAACCCUACAUGGCACCAACUGGAAGUAUUUCACUGAAAUGGAGAGUGCCAUCAUACGACAGAACUGCUGCACCAGAAAGUUAUGUUGUAGAACGCUGGAUUCCUGAUACAGGUACUUGGCGAACUCUGAGCCACAAACUAGAGGGUCGUGGUCCCGGCAUAUACGAAGCAACCGUACAUUCUCUUCCCAUAAAUGAACCCCACUUUAUUCGUGUCUCCUCCAUCGACCACAUGGGAACCAGCGAACCGGCUACUCUGCCUUAUCCCAUUUGGAUACCGAUCAUUGCGCCUAGUAUUAGACCUGCUGCUCCGGAGCCACCAAGAAACUUGGAAGUUACGCCAAUUCUGCGAGAUCGGCCCGGAUUCUUGUUAACAUGGACACCUCCUGAAGUUCCCUUCAAUAGACGAAUGACUGAGAUUCCAACAUUGCCAUCUGGUUACUUGGUUGAGUAUCGAUCAGCUGGAGGCGACUGGAAACCGCUAGCUGACUUGCCAGCAUUGCAGACUGACUUGGAAACAACUAACGUGGAACUAGGCAAAUCGUAUGAGUUCAGGGUAAUGUCAAAAGGACGACUAGAGUCUACCUCACCAACUUCGGUAACUCGUCGUCCAAGUAGGCCAAUCUACCCUGAGACUUCCUCAGUCGUUAUGAGCAAGCCUAUUAUUUCUGGUCCUCAUGCUCUUCCCAAACAACCAGUUCCUCCACCAAGCAUCGGCGGAUUACUGAACGUGACUCCAACACGCGAAGGUGUGGAACUUUCAUGGGAACCUCCACGAGAACUUCCUUCAGGUUAUGUAAUUGAAUGUAGGCCUUUGGACGAUCAACGCCAUUUAUGGAGAACUGUUGCCCAUAUUCCAUCAGCCGAUCGUGGGCUCCCUAUAUCGAGUUUCCUCAUCCGUCAUUUGGAAGCUGACAAAUCCUACCGAUUUCGGGUAAUCCCCUACCGAGAUGAGAUAUACGGUCGACCGGUCGAAAGUUUGGUUCCCUAUCGUGUACCUUCUGCUGAUGAAAUCGAUUUCCAUCCAACACAACGCCCAAGAACUAUUCCACCACCUCGUGGACCGGUAACCAUUGAGGAGCUCUCAAAUCGAGUCUUUCGGCUCAGUUGGCGUCCUCCUGCCAUCGACCUCAGCACACAAAUUUCAGGUCCUAUCACGUACGUUGUUGAACAACGCAUUCCAGGGCGUCGGCAAUGGAUUGAAGUUGGUCGGACACCAAACCUCAGCUACACAGUUGAUUUAGACACAACCUCGCAAUUCCGAAUAAAGACUCUCGUAGGUGAACCGUCAAGCAUUCUUCAUAGAGCAGAAUAUCUUAUUGGAAGUGACGAUGGCCCGCAAUCGGAUUGGAUACGGCUUGAUGAACAAGCUAUUAAACCAUCACAAACCGAUGCCUUGAGACUUUUGACAAGGGACUCCUCCAUCAAAGUGGAGGAUAUUACCAUUCCAAAACGACUGUACACGCGUCAUAUUGGCCCUUCUUCAGUGUUACUUGAAUGGGACUACCCGAAGUUGCCGGACCGUCCAACAGGCCACCUAUAUCUCGAACAGCGUCUUGUUCCUGACUCAAGGACUGACUUUGUCCAACCUCUUUGGGAACCAAUUGCACGUAUUCCAAUUUCGAGUCUAAGGACUAGCUAUGAAGUGACUGAUUUAUUGCCAGGACAUUCAUACCUCUUCCGUCUAAUCGAUAGGAAUGCUGGAAAAGAAGUUUUGCUCUCUAAGCCUGUACGAACACGUGGGGGCGAUUUGAGAGGUGCAAGUCUACCUAAGGAUAUGGACUACCUCAUGAUGCCAAGAAGCUUCACAGCCGCUUUCAAUCGAGUCCCACCAGGUGGACUCCGCUUUACAUGGUUACCAUCAGAAAGUCUGGAAAGUCAAGCAGGAAAGAUUCGUUACCGAAUCGAAGGGCGUUCAGUGGACGACAAUGUGAAUGCUUGGAGAUUGUUAGCAAAGGACAUCAAAGGUACUGAGUACACCGUGGAUGCUAGUGAAUUGGAGAGAUCGCUUUUCCUCCAUCGUCCUGCCAGAGAUACACCGAGAGGUGAUUCUAGGGACUAUCAUUUUAGAAUCAUCGCUACCGUCGACGGAGUUGACAGCCAUCCAAAGCUGUUGCCAAGGCCUAUUUCAAUAACAACAGAAGGCGAACGUAAGAAGUUGCGUUUCCUAAAUGUGGAUGAGAAUCGUGAUGUCAAAUGCGUACUGGGCCAGACCUUGGUAAUCAUUUUGGAGAUUGAGGGCUCACCGAAACCCUCCGUUUCAUGGUUCUUAAAUGGUGUUGAAAUAUACCCCGAAAUCGAUCGAAAUUACCUGGUCCUCUCGAAAUCUCCUGGUGUCUACGAACUUCGGAUAAACAACAUUGAUUACGUCCACGAGGGUAGCAUAACUUGCAAAGCCAGAAAUAUUUACGAAGAGAUCGAACUGUCCUGGCAGAUUCACAUUGAUGCCCCUGUGCGAUUCAGUCGUACCGUCUUCCUGACUGGCCAGAGUGAUCAUCGUGUGACAAGUGGUGCAAAUUGGAACGUGCGUCUUCCAUUGGAUGUACCGUACCACGUGACUGACAGAUCUCAUUGGGCUCACCGAACUUGGGUUGAGUGCGUCUGGAAGCCACGUAGUGCCUCUACAGAUGCUGUUCUCCUCGCAGAACGGCGUGCAGUUGUCAAGAUUUCGGACUGUGGUCGAUGGCUAACGCUUGACUUGCCGGGAGUGCAUGUCCAAGAUGAAGGUCUCUAUCGCAUUUGGAUAGAAAACGAAGCAGGCCGCGACUACUUUGACCUCAGACUCCACGUCGAUGAUAAGCCGAGAACCAAACUGCAGCCACCCAAUGUCUUUCCUCAAGGUCACUGCCAAUUCCUUCUUAGUUGGCAGCCACCACCCUCUACGGACGAUGCGAUUACCAGUACUGGCUACCGAAUCGAGUACAGUUCUGCUAAACAAAUGGAAACUGAGGAAGAUUGGCAACUUCUUGGAACCACUGGAAUCAAUCAGACUGAGGUAUUGAUUGGCCCCCAGCUGAAAGCUGGUGAAAGAUACCGAUUCAGAGUUCGGCUACAAAAUUUGCUAGGCCUUGGUCCUCCAAGCGAACCCUCUCGGUUCAUUUGUGUGGAGAAAACUGAGGACGAAGUAGAGGACCGUUCAACCUCUCGUCAUCUGUAUUCCCGAGAACCGAUUCGGUUCAGUAGCAGAAAGUUUGAGGACCGGUAUGAGGUUAUAGAAGAGCUGGCAAAAAGCCGACAUGCAUACCUCUACCGAAUUCGAGAUCGAGAGACGGGAGAGUACAGAAUAGCUAAAAUCAUGGACUUGGGAGAUCUUUCAUACAUUCCUGUUAGCCGAUCUUACACUUCAUUAGCCGACUUCCGCGCGUCAGUUUAUACACCAUCGACUCGUAUCCGACACGAGGCUGAAGAGGACCGUCGCUUGCGUGCUGAGAAGGAACUUAAACUUCUUGCUUCAGCACAUCAUAAGAAUAUUGCUGAACUUCGCGAUGUUUUCGUUGAUGCUCAGCGUUUGAUUUGGGUUAUCGGUGACAUGGCCCCAGAAACCCUCUGGGAUCAGAUUAAGAACCGCAUCAGCAUGACUGAAGUCCGGGCUGCAGUAAUAAUGAAGCAAGUACUAAGCCUCAUAGAGAGCUUACACGAUCGCAACGUGGCAUUUCUCGGUAGUGUAGAUCCAUCCGAUAUAUUCUUCACUGACAAGUUGCGUCGAAACAUUGUCCUUGGCGGGGUUUCGGAGUAUCACAAGUUGACUGAAGAUAAACCCGUUCGAUUGACCUUCAGGUCGACAAUUUACGUUCCUCCUGAACUCUACUCCCCCAAUAGGCUUGCGACGAAUGUUCGCCCGCAUGCUGAAAUUUCAAAGGCCACAGAUGUGUGGUCUGCGGGUGUCUUACUCUACCAAAUGCUGACAGGAGACACUGAGCAUCGUCCAAGCAUUGAAGCACUUGAGAAGCUUAACCUGUCGCCUGAGCUACUCGAUUUCUCGCGUAAGCUCCUUCAUCCAGAUCCAACUCUUCGGCCAACGAUUGCUGAGGCUCUAAGGCAUCCAUGGCUUAAGACUGAGAGUCAGACGGCGGAAGAAAUUAUCUCUCAGAGUGCUCGCAGACUAGAAGAGGCAACCACCAACGCUUACAAGCGCCUUCUUCGCAAGAUUGACUGGAGUGAGAAGGUCGAUGAGGAAGACACUGAUUUCGUUGAUGAAAUGGAACAUGAAAUUCAAAAAAGGAGGAGGCUUAUUGAGUAUCGCAAACGUCGUCGCAGGAGUCUUGACGAGUACGGUAAGGAAAGAGACUAUGAAGAUGAUGAAGGCAUUGUGAUGAACGUCUUCCUCCGUGGACGUGGACGCGUUCCUACGAUUGCCGUUCCAAUGGCCAAUGCUGAUGCCUACGAGGGCAGCGAUACUGUAAUGAAAUGCGUUCUGGCUCCACCCGCUGGUGAUCGGCUGGAUUUCAGUGAUGUUACUGUAGAGUGGUCCGUAAAUGGAAAAAUUAUUGACUUAGAGCAUCCUAGCCUUCGCAUGACAGAAAAGUAUGCCGCCAAGUUUGAUCGUACGACUGGUGAGGCUACACUGCGAGUGAAAAAUCUAAGUGUCUAUGAUGCUGGUACAUACGUAGCCACUUUCCGUGGAAGUUUUGGAAUCAUAUCUGAAUCGGCCAACCUCAAAAUUCAUCGCGGAGCAGCACCACGCCCAUCAUCACGAGGAGUAGAUACGCACUUGGCUAGUGAAAUCGGUGCGAAAAUCCUUCGACCUCUUGUUGACCACACUGUGGUGGCUGGAGAAUCCCUUAAAUUCCGAAUUAGAGUUGGUGGUAUUCCUCGACCUAAAUGUUCAUGGACACGAAAUGGUCUAUCAUUGGACAAUAAUCCAACCUGUCGCAUCCAAGAGGAACCUGUUUCUACAUCCAUCAGCCGUUCCAAUGAAAUCGUUUGCACUCUUGAGAUUCGCAACACAAAGCUUUCUGAUGCUGGCACCUAUUCAGUCAACGUUUACAACAAGAAUGGUUCGGAUACUUGCUCUGCAUCCGUUACCGUGCUUCCGGAACGCACUUCAGGUUCUUCGGUUCCAAAGUUCAUUACCGGCCUCUCAAACACUUCCACAGUUGUGGGCGGAACUGCCACUCUGGAAGCUGAAGUUGAAGGUUUCCCCGAGCCUCAGAUCCGCUGGUUCAAAGAUGGUCGUAUGGUGGUUGUUGGCGGUCAUAUUAGCACUACAGCUACAGAGACUAACACCAUGAAUCGCCUUACCUGUCGUCUUAUCAUCACAGGCUGUCAAUUAGAGGAUACUGGAGCCUAUGUUUGCGCAGCAACAAGUGCAUCCGGCACAGCCAUCUCUGAAGCCUCUGUCAUUGUUAAAGGUGGAUUCAUGAGCUCAACAAGACGAGAUUCAGAAGGCAGACUGUCGGUCACACGAAGCCAUCCCCCCGAAUUCGUCCAACGCCUUAAAUCCCGUGUGGUGGGUCUCGGAGACUCUGUGCGUUUGUCUGCCACCGUCAUGGCAACACCACCCGCCAAUGUAACGUGGGAAAAGGAUGACGUCCCAUUGAUAACAGACUCGGCCAAUUCACCAUACCAAACGAAGAACUUGAAUGGAAAUGUGGAAUUACGCAUUGAAAAGUGUACAGCAUCGGAGUUCGGCAAAUAUACACUCAUUGCUUACAACAGUGCUGGUGAGGCACGCUGCUCAUGCCAGCUAGAGAAGGCUCAUGAAGAAGUCUUCAAAGUUCCUAGCUUUGUGCGUCAACUUGUGGACCGAUAUCUCAUCUCAGGACAAAAAGCUAUCUUCGAGGUGAUUGCUGAAGGUCACCCCAUUCCUGAAUUCAAGUGGGAGAAAGACGGCCUUGAUAUUCGACAGGAAUCCCAUCCCCGUUACGUCUUCGCUGCCUCAGCUACGUCUGGUAGAGCGACACUGACGAUUCCUGUUGUUGAGAAAGAGGACGCUGGAUUGUAUUCCUGCGUCGCCCAUAACCCUGUGGGGCGUGACCGAUGCUCCUGCCUGAUUCACGUGGAUGGCGGUGGUGUGCAACAGAGGAAAUCAAUAUCUUCUGCCUCAACAUCCGUUACUGAUAGGGAUAAGCGACCACCACAGCCACCGAAAUCGCAGCCGAUUACCAAAUCAGGCCAAAUUGAGGUGGUUACAAGCCUUCCUGCUGUCCUAGAAAUCAACGAAGGUGAUGAACUGCGACUCUUCUGCGCUGUCAAAUCGGAUGUACAUCUUAUUCCAACUUGGACAAAGGCUGGUCGCACACUCACUUUCGACGGUCGCCGCAGGAUCACUCGCAACCUCAUGGGAGAGAUGUGUCUCACGAUCGACCAAGCUAUGACCACCGACGCUGGUAGAUACACGCUCACAGUUGCACCUUCGGACGCCACCUUGUCAGAGACAAUGGAACCUGUUGUUCUAAAUACGCGUGUUGAAGUCAACCCCAAAAUUCGCUCCCGUUUAAGAAUAAGUAAUCAGAUGGAGACGCACGAAAACUUACGCUCUACCCGUUCGUGGUCACGUCGCGAAAGUGGCUACACGUACUCUCGUAGCUCCAGAGAAAGGUCCUUCCUGCGAUAA